UCCUCCUCCAAGUCCCGAAAAUCGCAGCCCACUACCCCGGCCAAGCUUGUCGUCUCUCAGGGCCAAUUCACUCCUUCCAUGGAGCCGACUGGCAAUCUCUUCUUCCCUGGCACCUACGACGACCGGGCCCGCUCCGACAGCCCUCCCCAGUUCACUUACUCAACUUACCCGGCUCCUAACGAGAUACUCCUCGCUCCCUACGGCUCCGCUCAGCACUACCCGAUAAUGGCCAUCGCUGUCGUCUAUCCUAACUUCCUCGCGGCUUCCACCGUUCCCAUGGCGCAUCCCUCGAUGACGCACUUUAGCGACGUCAUCAAGCGCGAAUCGUACCCCGGCGAUGACGGGCUAACCUCUUACAUUACAUAUGGCUACAUGCCUCCCAUGGGCUUCAACGCUCCCAGCCCCUACGACCAGCCCAACCCU